AUGGAGACAUGGGACAACCAUGAGACUAAAGAAGCAAAACUUUCUUUCCCACGUGUGAACAUGUCCUGUGAGAACCUGUCGUGCUACAUGGUCCUGACUGAAGCAGAGAAGACGGUGAUCGGCUCCAUCUGCUUCCUGGCCGGUCCCGUGACCUUCCUGGAGAACAGUGUGGUGCUGCUGGUGAUCCUGCUCACGGCUGCUCUGCGUCAGAGACCGUCUUAUCUUUUCAUCGGGAGUCUGGCUCUGGCUGAUGUGUUCGCCAGCUGCUUCUUCACCACCAGCUUCUUAGACUUCCACUUGUUCCGCCGCAGCGAUGGGCCCACAGCCUACCUCUUCAAGUUAGGAGGAGUCACUGUGGCCUUCACCAGCUCUGUGGGCAGCCUGCUGCUGACCGCUCUGGACCGGUACCUGUGCAUUCAUCAGGUGUCGUCAUACAAAGUCCUGGUGACGCGGCGCCGAGCCCUGCUGAGCCUGCUCCUCCUGUGGAGUGCCACCGCCUUCAUCUCCUUCCUGCCCCUGAUGGGCUGGAGGUGUCCUACAGGUCUGAGUCCCCCGUGCUCUCGGCUCUUCCCCUAUAUAAACGCAGCGUACCUGGCGUGUUGGAGCAGCUUCGUGCUGAUUCUCCUGGCUCUGAUCCUCGGGGCCUAUGCUCUGGUCUUGUGGAAAGCCCACCGCCACGAGGCCUGUAUGACCAACCUGCAGGCCGCCGCAGCCUCAGGACACGCCCGCAUGAGGAUGGACAUCCGUUUAGCUCGCACAUUUGGGCUCAUUCUUCUGAUCCUGGUGGGCUGCUGGCUCCCUGCUCUGUCGUUCAUGAUCGCAGACGUCAGUAUGGUGCUGAACCUCACGCAGCUGCGAGCCUUCGCCUUCUGUAGCACCCUGUGCUUAGUGAACUCUGCGGUGAACCCUCUGCUGUACGCUCUUCGCUGCCGUGAGCUCAGAGAGGCUCUGGUGCAGCUCGCUCUCAGACUUUGUGAAAUGGGGAAGUGUAAAAAACCCACAGAAUCUUUAGCUCCAGAAUCACACAGUGGACACAACAUGAGCUGCACGGCUCUCUCUGACACUGAAGCGUUCAGCACCAGAGCCUCUCAGAUCAUCUCUGUGUCUGCGGUGUUCAACAAGACAUGA